GGGGCGGAAGUCGCAGUGCAUUGUGGGCUCGCCGGGAGCCGCGGAGUCGAACCUGAAUGAAAGUGGCGCGCCGCUGAGGACCCGGGAGGAGCUGCUGUCGUUGGGGUCCGGGCUGGCUUGCUAAGGAGCUGUCGGCGAGGGGGCGUAGACAUGGCUUAUAACAAGAUCCCGCCGCGGUGGUUGAACUGUCCGCGACGCGGCCAGCCGGUGGCAGGAAGAUUCUUACCUCUGAAGACGAUGCUGGGGCCAAGAUAUGAUAGUCAAGUUGCUGAAGAAAACCGGUUCCAUCCCAGUAUGCUCUCAAAUUAUCUAAAGAGUCUGAAGGUUAAAAUGAGCUUGUUAGUGGAUCUGACAAAUACUUCAAGGUUUUAUGACAGAAAUGACAUAGAAAAAGAAGGAAUCAAGUAUAUCAAACUUCAGUGUAAAGGACAUGGUGAAUGCCCCACUACUGAGAACACUGAGACGUUCAUUCGCCUGUGUGAGAAGUUUAAUGAAAGAAGCCCACCUGAACUUAUAGGUGUUCACUGCACCCAUGGCUUCAACCGUACUGGUUUCCUUAUAUGUGCCUUUUUGGUGGAAAAAAUGGAUUGGAGCAUUGAAGCAGCAGUUGCUACGUUUGCCCAAGCCAGACCACCAGGAAUCUAUAAGGGUGAUUAUUUGAAGGAACUUUUUCGUCGAUAUGGAGAUAUAGAAGAAGCACCACCACCACCUGUAUUGCCAGAUUGGUGUUUUGAAGAUGAGGAUGAAGAAGAUGAGGAUGACGAUGGUAAAAAGGACUCAGAACCAGGGUCAAGUGCAUCCUUUGGUAAAAGGAGAAAAGAACGGUUAAAACUGGGAGCUAUUUUCUUGGAAGGCAUAACUGUUAAAGGUGUAACUCAAGUAACAACUCAACCAAAGUUAGGAGAGGUACAGCAGAAAUGUCAUCAGUUCUGUGGCUGGGAAGGGUCUGGGUUCCCUGGAGCACAGCCUGUCUCCAUGGACAAGCAAAACAUUAGACUUUUAGAGCAGAAGCCAUAUAAAGUAAGCUGGAAAGCGGAUGGUACUCGUUACAUGAUGUUGAUUGAUGGCACAAAUGAAGUUUUUAUGAUUGACAGAGAUAAUUCUGUUUUUCAUGUUUCAAAUCUGGAAUUUCCAUUUCGUAAAGAUCUCCGAAUGCAUUUAUCAAAUACCCUUUUGGAUGGGGAAAUGAUCAUUGACAAAGUAAAUGGACAGGCCGUUCCACGGUAUCUGAUAUAUGACAUAAUUAAGUUCAACGCACAACCAGUUGGAGACUGUGAUUUUAAUAUUCGUCUACAGUGUAUUGAACGUGAAAUUAUAAGUCCACGACAUGAAAAAAUGAAGACUGGACUCAUUGACAAAACACAGGAACCAUUUAGUGUCAGACCUAAACAAUUUUUUGACAUCAAUAUUUCAAGAAAGCUUCUGGAAGGAAAUUUUGCCAAAGAAGUCAGCCAUGAAAUGGAUGGACUUAUUUUUCAGCCUAUUGGAAAAUACAAACCUGGUCGAUGUGAUGACAUUUUGAAAUGGAAACCUCCCAGUCUAAACUCUGUGGAUUUCCGACUUAAGAUAACGAGAAUGGGAGGAGAAGGGUUGCUUCCACAGAAUGUUGGCCUUCUCUAUGUUGGAGGUUAUGAAAGACCCUUUGCACAAAUCAAGGUGACAAAAGAACUAAAACAGUACGACAACAAAAUUAUAGAAUGCAAAUUUGAGAACAACAGCUGGGUCUUCAUGAGACAGAGAAUAGACAAAAGUUUCCCAAAUGCCUACAACACAGCCAUGGCUGUGUGCAAUAGCAUCUCAAACCCUGUCACCAAGGAGAUGCUGUUUGAGUUCAUUGACAGAUGUGCAGCAGCUGCCCAGGGACAGAAGAGAAAGUAUCCCCUGGACCCUGACACAGAGCUCAUGCCACCCCCACCGCCCAAAAGACUGCACCGACCAACCUAGUCCCUGCCUCUGAGAGGAAGAAGAAUGCUGUUGUCUCAUUUUCUCAAUCAGAGAAAUUAAAAUAGACAUUGUGGCUUGGUACCUGGCACAUGUGUUUUAAGGGAAGACAUGGUCAGCCUGUAUAUAUUUGGUACAUUUGUUUUCUCGGAACUACAGUACAUCAUGGACCUAAAUAUUUUAUUUAUACCUGAUAAAUUCAGCCUUACCCUGUGGAGUCUACAGAUUGAAAUAUCCAAAGGUUUAAAUCAGAUUGAAGUUAAUGAAAUAGAGGCCUUGUUUGUAUGUGAACAGACACCUUUACAUUUGAUUCAUAACUAGCAAUCUGAAGCUGUAAGCAUAUUGCGUUUUUUAAAAGUUGGAUUUUAAGUUUUUCUCUUUAAAAUGUGGGCAGUGGCAUUAGAAAUUCUCACUAACUUAUCAUGGAUUUCUUAUAUUUCUGAAUUUUUUAUAUUCUGAGCAAUGACAAGGUCAAGUAUUAUGUACAUUAAACAGUUUGGUCUGGCGAUACCAUUUUAAGAAGUUUUUCUGUUUUUGUUUUCUGUAAGGGUGGGGUGUAAAACAGUAAUGUAGCUCCAUUUUCUUGUGAGUUGUAUCCUUUCUUUAGAAACUAUUUGGGGCAUUGUACUGUGUCUGUUGUUUGAACCACGGGUGUCAGAUGUCUGGGGUUCCCAUCCUGGCAGUGGUUUUGAGUUCCUUUGUGGCACUUACGUUUAGAGCCCCAGGUCCUUUAUGUGCUGCUGUCGGGGGGACAUUGUUUCUUUCAGACAGCAGGGCUCUUUCUGCUUUACCUACUCACUGUGAUCUCUGGGAGCAGCAGCAAACACAACCGCUGUUGUGUUACUUCCCUCAAGCAGUGCAUCAGACGGAGUGGCAGCUUUGCCUAGAAGGUAAUGUCAACUGAACACAGUGCUGUCUCUAGGAAAAGCUGGCCCCGCACUGGACACAUACAGAGGCGUUGCAGAGAUGGAUCACAGAGGAUGUGAAGAUGGUGCUCCCAUUGCCACAGCUGCACCUGUGCUCGGAGAUGGGAUUUCUCUCUGAGGCUGCACUUGAGUGUUUACUCUAGACAGUAGGUUUAAAAGGCAGCUGCCGUUGUAAAACCUUUUCUGAUUGGCUUGUGAGAGAAUUUAGAAUUAGCUACUAGCAAGCAGCUUACUUAAUGUAUUUAUUUUUAGAGACACGGGUUUUAAGUAUACGUAUUUAAAACAAAUGUUCAUGAUCUGUAUUUUAUAUAUGUAUAAGCAUAUCUGAAAGUAUAUGCAACAGUGUAUAUUCUUGUACUGAUACAGCCAGAAAUGAAAACCCGAAUGCGUUACCUAACAGGCUGAGGGUCUGAUGGAAUUUUUAUUUGACAUAGCACAGAUUAACCAAAACUGUAUUUAUAUCAAUCUGAGUUUUAAUGUUUUUAAACAAACUUUACAUCUGCAGUGCUUUUCUGUAUGGAAUACUAGGACUGUGCUUAGGCUUAUGCCUCUGCUGUUCCCAAGUUAUGUAAUGUGUUAGCAAAUUUAUUCAAAAUGCCAUAUUAAUUUUUUUCCUAGAUUGCUUUUGUACAUUUGGGCACUGAAGGGGUUUAAACACCUGACUGCUACAGGAUUAUUGAGGGGAAAAUAUCAAGAUUCUUUCUGUCUAUUACAUGGUGUCAUGUCUAUUGUCAUGGUAUCAUGGACUCUAGACAAUCUAAUGCCUGCUCCCCAGGGUCACUGAAUCUUUUCACCAUAGUUGGUCUGCUCCCAAGCUGGUGCAAAAGCAGAGCCCUUUUGAAGAUACAGUAACAUGCUUUUGCCAAUGAUCUCUGAUAGAAUUAAAAUAUUUGUGGUAACUUUAACUUUUCAAAUGAAUUUUGUGAAAAGAGCAUUAUAUAGGACUUACUUUUUCAACUUAUUCUUUCCUUUCAAUUGUGGUGACAUAAUCAUUGGCCUUAAAAGCAGACCCCAUGUAGUCCCCAGACACACCACCCAUGAAGUAUCCUAACAAUCAUUUAGGCUGCUGGAUGAAAGGUAGGAUUUGGACAUCUUGAAGGAAAAUUUCCCUCUGGCUCAUAUUACAACAGCUGUUUUCUUUAGCUGAUACUUUCUGGACAAGAAUAAGAAGACUGUUUCCCUGAGUUAUCGCAUGUAAAGGCUUGCUUUUUGUUUGGAAAAAAAAAUAUGGAUGACUACUGCCUAGAUGGUUACUUUGCUUUCCAUGAAAUGCUCAGAAAUGCCAGAACAUUCCUUCUCUAAUUGUGUCAGUGUGUAUUGUAAUAAAACUACUGAUGUAAAAUAACAGUGUGAAUUUCCUGUUUCACUGACAAUGAUUUGGUGUCCCUUCUGCUGUGCUGGCUCUUGCUGUCCUCUGCUCCUCCUAGGGAUGCUUCAUCUGGCUAGUUACAUACUAGAGAUUCAUCUAAAAACUUGGAAACUUGAUGAACAUUGCAAUGUUGUGUGAAGCCUUUCCUUCUGACAUCUAGGGUGGAGGUACUUUAUCUAUUUCUGUACAUCACCCCAUCUCAACACUCUUCCAAAUAAACAUCCUCUUGCAUUAUUUUUUGUGGAUUUUGUUUAGAGUAAAUGUCCUAGAUAAUGAACCAUCAA